AUGGAGCCGGAAAUAUUCAAAGACAUGCAAUGGCUUGAUCUAAUUGAUCUCUCUCACAAUAAACUCACCACAGUAAAGAGAGGCUCUUUUCAGCGCAUGUUCAAGAUUGGAAUCAAUCUUUCAAACAACAACAUUUCUGUUAUCGAGUUCAAGGCGUUCCAGGAGCUGCAAAACAUCACUGAACUUGAUCUGAGUCACAACCAUCUGUCUAAUCUGAAAGGAAACAUUUUCGAUGAAUGCGACUGCACAGUGUUUCAUCUAAACCACAAUCUCAUUGCCAAUCUUUCCAAUUUCGACAUUUUCACAAAUCUGACAGGCAUGAAAUUGCUCAAUUUGUCUCAUAAUCUUUUGACUGAGUUAAACCGUAAGCAUUUUACUAACAAGAAACUGUUUGAGCUGAGUACCAUCGACCUGAGCAAUAAUUUAAUAAGCGAAAUCACCGGCAACGUCUUUGAAAAGUUUGUGUCUUUACGAACAAUCGAUUUGUCAUACAACCAAUUAGUCAAAAUAGGGUUCUCUGCUUUUGGCACUUUAAGUACACUUUUAACCUUGGACAUUUCACACAACAUGAUUAAAGAAAUCUCCAACGGUGGGGUCUCCAGUUUGCUUUCAGUAAAGACAAUCCACGCCAAUGACAAUCAACUGGAGAAGAUGUUUCCGAUUCCAGUGGCUGUAAACACCAUUUACCUGGAAAAUAAUUUUAUAUCCACUAUUCGCGGAAAUGCCUUUCCAGUAAUCAAUGCCAUUCUCGAGAUAUACCUGGACAACAACAACAUUAGCAAACUGGAGGGGGAUGCCUUUGCCACCUGUCUUUCUCUCAACACGCUCUCAUUGAAGCGAAACAAGCUGACCCAAGUGCCACAGGCAGCACUCUCUCCCCUAAGGUCGCUUCAAAACCUGGACCUGAGUUUCAAUGAGCUGACACAACUAGAUCGACAAGCAUUCGGUUCUCUACCCAUUCUCUUCAACCUGUGGCUGAGCAAUAAUUUAAUAGUCAACAUUAGUGACAAUGCCUUUGAGGGACUGCUGCAGCUGUUGACACUGAACAUGAGCAACAACCGAAUCGACCACAUUUCACCCGAUGUCUUUAAUACCAUGGUUUCACUGCAAUCAUUAGACUUGUCGUUCAACAGUCUUCGCAGUCUGGACAACAACACUCACAGCAUUUUUGAGCCACUGCUGUCUUUAAGUCAGUUGAAUUUGAGCCAUAACCAAAUUUCACUGGUGAAAGACCGCUCUUUUCCCCACUCGCCCUGGAUACCUUACAAGCUGCGACAUUUGGACCUAUCCUACAACACCAUUCCCCUGCUGACCUCGCACUUUGACAACGGUCUGAGCAAACUAGAGUGGCUCUCACUGCGUGGCAAUAUAAUCAACGAAAUCUAUCCUGAUACACUGGGCAACAUGACCCUGCUCAAACACCUUGAUUUGUCUAAAAAUCAACUUCGAAAAAUGCCGAAAGGCGCCUUUAGGCCAAGCAUGACCCAGCUCAAAUAUCUCGACCUUUCAAAAAAUAAAAUUUCACUCAUCACGAUGAGCGAGUUGACCGAGAUGGCCGCUCUGCGAUUGCUCGACUUGAGCGCCAACAAGCUGAUUAACAUCGAUGAGAGCCUUUUUGGCAAGAUUAAAAAAGGACUGCUUCUCAACUUUUACGAUAAUCAUCUGUACUGUGAUUGCAAGCUGAUGCCACUGGUGUCGUGGAUUUAUGCUGAAAAGCACAAGGCGCAACUGGAGGGUCAGCAGUCGCCGGUGUAUGAACACUGGUCGGCGCUUUCUUGCAAUGAUCCAAAACCGGUAAAUGGAAAAGCAAUGGUGGAACUAAGAGCCGACAUGCUCAACUGUGACAAGGCACAAGUGGCCAAGUACAAAAAGUACUUUCUCAGCUCAAGGCCAAUCAAAAUACGAGCUAUAGAAAAGUUUCGAAAACGACGACAAGACUCGAUUAAAGUGGUGUGGUUUGUGCAGAAUCGCAUUCAGGACAUUGCCUCAUUCAACGUUCUGCUGCGUCGUCAGGAGGAGGACUCCUUUAUGGUGAAUGAAACGGUGACCUACCUGAAGCGAGACUACCUCUUUACCAGUCUGCCAACGCACCACAAAUUCGUCGUCUGCAUCUUCCCCAUCGACUCGACGGGAGCUGUUCUCUCCGACUAUCUCAAUGAUUGUGUGCCCUUUCAUAAUGGCCCAGUCUCCGUUGAUUUGAUUGACGCCGAUCUAGCUGCGGAAGAGAGUGAUAGUACCAUUCCACUGUCGGUCAAUGGCGGAAAAUCGACUGUCAACUCCAGUGCCACCCCAAGCCAACCUGUGACCGAUUUGUGCAAUAUGCUUCUUCUCGUGUUCAUUGCAAAGUAUUUAUUUGUACACUGA